AUGGGGGGCACUGGGGGCGAAAUAACAAAAAUAACCAAAGACCUGUUGGCGCGCGAGAUCGGCAAGGACGGCGUCACGGGUCUUCGCCAAUCGGAAGACCAAAGCGCGAUACGCAGUGAGGUGUGCGCGGGUCUGAGACAACCAUUCAUUUCCCGACCGGAGCGACGAUGGCGCGCGUUCCCAGGCGCCCCGUCUGGUCCGGUGGAGCUGACCGGCCAACACCGCGCGGGUGCGGGUUGGGCGGUUAUGCUUCGCUUAUCAGUGGUGGGCAUCAUGGAUGUGAUGUGA